AUGGAGAACCGGGCAACUCUAGCAAAUCUGAUCAACCAUCCCAAUCCAACCAAUGCAGUUCUAGCGCAAAAGGAGAAAUUGAUAAAACAGAUUCGCGGAAAGGAGAAUCAGCAGCAGAGAGGUCUUCCUCCGGACUUCAUUGACAAAAUUGAUGAUUUGGUGAAGUCUUUUGCAAGCACGAAUGGAAGCAGCAUAGUGCUUCAAAAGUCUUUAUGGCAAGCGGAUCCAGCCAUCGCAAAGCAUGCAAUUGAUGGCGAUGUUGAUGCAGUCUUGUCGGGUGACUCUGAUUUUGCAAUGUACGUGGGCGGAGGUGUACCUGAUGGAUGUGGCGACAUCAUGCUACGGAAUCCAACAUUGGGCAAGCGCAACACCCAUCUGGAAAGCUUUGAGAUUUGGACCGGGCCAAAGAAGGUUGUAAAAUAUAUCAAUGAGAUUCUAAAACCGAAAGUGCGACAGUCUAUCUUUCAAAAGGACCCACAGCAUCCCAUCUUUGAUGGCUUGGAUCGAAUUCGUUUUUGUGCUCUUUUCGCGCUUGCCCUUGGUUGCGAUGCAUUGCCUGGAGGUAUUGAUGGUUUUGGAGCAAAGAAAGCAAGCAUAAUCUUUAAAGUCAUCCUCAUUGGUUCGCAAAUGAAAAGUAGAUCCACUGUCCAAGUGGAUACCAGUAUUGUUGAGUUCUUGGAACAACAUCAUCCCUUGUUGUCUUGGAUGAUUGUCAGUAUGUCCUCGUUGAAUAAAUUGUCCUCCAUGGGAUCCAUUGUUGGAACGUCCAUAGUUCCAUUGAGUAUUUGA